AAACUCCUUUACAGCAAAAUCGCCGGCGAAAAUGUUGAGGCUGGUGUCGAAAAGGAUGCUGGAGGCAGUGUCACGGGAUGUCCCAUCGCGUCCCUUUCAGAUUCUGCCACGUCUGUAUCACGAGAAUGUCAUCGAUCACUACAACAAUCCUCGUAACGUGGGCUCCUUCGAUAAGAACGAUCCCAACGUUGGUACAGGCUUGGUCGGGGCUCCGGCUUGUGGCGAUGUUAUGAAGCUGCAAAUCAAAAUCGACGAGCAGUCGGGGAAAAUAGUCGAUGCAUGCUUUAAAACCUUCGGUUGUGGGUCGGCUAUUGCGUCUUCUUCUGUCGCUACUGAAUGGGUGAAAGGGAAAAGUAUGGACGAAGUACUUACCAUUAAAAACACGGAGAUUGCAAAACAUUUGUCACUUCCACCAGUUAAGCUGCACUGCAGCAUGCUUGCAGAAGAUGCAAUCAAGGCAGCUGUAAAAGAUGCAGAAGCUAAACGUGCCAAAAUGAAUGGUAGUUCGAAGGCUUCACCUAUGGAGAAGGCUGCUGAUGUAAAGUAAGAUAAAUAGAGACAAAAAGGACCCAGGGAAAAAAGGACACUACUGGUCCA